ACAUCGUUUUGAUUUGAUUCUUGUUUCAAGAUCGAGAAUUUUGUAUUUUUUAAUUUUCUCUUUUCACAUCAUUCGUUCUUGUGUCCCUUUACUGAUAGUUUUCUUUCUUCUUUAAAGUAUCUUAUUAUAUUGCACUAGAUAUUUUCUCACUUAAAAGUCAGAUCACUCCCUUAAAAUUUUAAAACUAGCAGGUUUCGUGCUUGGGAAACGCCGCACGUUUCCCAGUCUAACAACUGCAUUCUGGCCUCAACUAUUGCGUAUAGGUGAAAGACCUCAUUUCACCUUAAUUCCCUCACCUUUUUACAUUUUGCAACCGGUAAUAUCUCUGCCAUCACCUUUCCAGCGACUCGCCUUACCAACCAUGGCCAGAACCAAGAAGGAAGAGAAGAGGAAAGCCGAUGAACAGAAAGAAGAAUUGAGUGCCAGUGAUUCAGAUGAACCUCAAAAACCUAAAGCAUUGCAGUCUGAUGGUGGCUCAAGUGAUGAAUCAGCUGAAGAAACGCCUAAGAAAAAGUCUAAGCGGGGCCCUAAGAAAUCAGCCUCCGCGCCCAAGGCUAAGAAAGCAAAAACUGAGAAAGAUGAAGUAAAAGCUCCUGAAACUGGUGCUGGCGAGGACACUGACACCUGGACCAACAAAGAGACUGACUCAGAAGGAAGGAAAUGGAAUUUAAAAAUAGCCUCUUGGAAUGUUGCAGGCAUCAGAGCUGUGCUCAAGAAAAAUGGCCAGGACUACAUUAAGAAAGAGGAUGCUGAUAUUGUUUGUUUACAAGAAGUUAAAUGCAAAGAGGGAGAAUUACCAGGUGAAGGAAGAUUCAAGGGCUACCACAUGUAUUGGUGUGCUGGUAUGAAGCCUGGAUACGCUGGAGUAGCAUUGUACUCAAAAGAAAAGCCGCUCUCGGUGAAAAAAGGACUAGGAAAACCUGAACAUGAUGAAGAGGGCAGAGUAAUCACCGCAGAAUAUGAAAAAUUCUAUGUCGUCGGAACAUAUGUUCCAAAUGCUGGACAAGGGCUAAAGACACUACCCAAACGACUAAAAUGGAAUACAGAUUUUGAAAAUUACUUGAAAGAACUUGAUGAAAAGAAGCCGGUGAUUUUGGUUGGAGACCUGAAUGUGGCCCAUGAAGAAAUAGAUUUGGCCAACCCCAAAACUAACCAGAAAAGUGCUGGGUUUACGAAGGAGGAGAGAGAAGGUAUGACUCAUCUAUUGAAGCAAGGAUUCGUCGACACCUUCAGACAUUUAUAUCCCGAUAAGAAAGGAGCAUACACAUAUUGGACGUACCUCCGUAAUGCAAGAGCUAACAACACUGGCUGGCGACUGGAUUAUUUUGUACUAUCAGAGCGUCUCGUGCCAAACGUCUGUGACAAUGUCAUGCGCAGCAAAGUUAUGGGUAGUGACCAUUGUCCAAUUGUCUUGUUUUUGCACGUUUAACAUCAUCAUCUUUUGUUCAUUAUUGCUAAUUUCUCAAGUUGAAGACCUCUCUUUUAAUGCAGUUGUUGAAUUUUAAUAACCGCCUUGUCACUGUUAAUGAGCGCAGUUUUUUUAAAUUUAAGUUUUUUUUACUGUUUUUUACAAAAAAAAUUCCACUUGUAGUUGAUAAGAUUUUUAUAUUUCCCUUUAAUAUGUAUUCGAACUGCUUGGACUUUUGAAAAUCCUAUGGUUUUCUCUGUAAGCCCGUAUCAGUUAAAUGAAGUUAAUAUUAAAAUUAUAUCACCAUCUUUUGAAUGCUGUCAAGAAAGGAUAUAUUUGUGUAAUUAAACCAUAAAGUGUCUCUGCAUUCUCUCUUUAAAUCAUUGCACGGUUUUCAUUUUUUCUUGUAUAUUAAGUGGAAACAAGAAACAGUCAUCACUACAUACAGCAUAUUUUUAUUCAUUAUUAAUAAUCAACAUGCUUGACAUUUCUCAGGGAUUUUAGUCAUUUAACCAUUUGUAUGAUUGUCAAAUGUCAAUGUCUUAAUUUACCAUUUGUUUGUUGAAAGUGGUAUCGUUCUCAUCAUUCGAUUACGUUAAAACCAUUUGUGAAUUCAGUAGAUAUGUAUUUUAAUUGUCCUAUGCAAGUAAUUCCUACCCCAUUAAAUUAUUCAUCUUUUA